AUGUCUGCCCUGGACUUGUUCUUUUCUAGUUUUGGGGCUCGGUUUGGAUGUUCACAGUCAGAGAUGGACGCAAAGCUGGCAUCCACACAGGAUCCCGAGUCUUGGUCCUCUCAUCCAGUCUAUGCAAGGUACUGGCAGCAUUACCAUCAAGCCAUGGCGUGGAUGCACAGCCACCAGAUUGCUUAUCAGAAGGCGGUGGACUCAGUCGUCACUUCCCCGUGGUACUGCCCAGCCACUGGCCUUGCCCAGAGUGCUGCUCCCAAGGGUGGCAGAAGCUCCAAGCCUCCCUCAGCCUCUGGGGAUGCCUCCCGCAGGUGUUCACGUCCUGGCAAGCCGGGACCACAACGAUGCAGCACAGAAAAGCCAGCCCAGGUCGCAGAGGACAACGAGAGCGAGUCCGACGAUGGCGGCAUAGUGUGCGACCUGAGCAACAUGGUGAUCACGGACGAGCUGCGCCAGUACUUCGCGCAGACUGAGCGGCACCGGGAGGAGCGCCGGCGGCAGCAGCAGCUGGACGCAGCGCGCCUGAAAGACUACGUGAAUGCUGACCAUGGCCUGUACUGUGACAAGCGUGGCCGCUCCGCGCUGCCCCCAACCGAGCGACCUGGAGAGCGGCGCCAGGCUGAGAUGCAGCGCCUAUAUGGGGCCAGUGCCACCAAGAUCCAGGCUAUGGAGACCGCCAUGCAGCUCAGCUUUGACAAGCACUGCGACCGCAAGCAGCCCAAGUACUGGCCUGUCAUCCCACUCAAGUUCUGA